AUGGCCGUUAUUUACCCGCACGUAGCGGGUGAGUCGGGACACGGCUUAAUCAGCCGGGGCCACCCGGGGCGGGUGACUCGUCCCCGGCUGCCGCCCGCAGAUAAGGCCCCGCUGGCAGCCCGCGAUUUCCAAAUCGGCAGGACGGACGAGUCACUUCUCGUCACGCCAGCGCGCGUCAGCGCCGCGCGCGCACGGUCGACACACAACGAGAUGGAGAAAAACAGGCGUGCCCAUCUGCGACUGUGUUUGGAGAAGCUGAAAGGGCUGGUACCGCUCGGCCCCGAAUCCAGCAGGCAUACUACCCUGAGUUUACUAAAAAAAGCUAAAUUGCACAUAAAGACGGACAGCAUCGGAUCCACCGUUUCCUCGGAGCGCUCCGACUCCGACCGAGAAGACAUCGACGUGGACGUGGAGAGCACGGACGACCUUCCCGCCGACCUGGACUGGAGCAGCAGCAGCCUGAGCGACUCGGACGAGCGGGGCAGCCUGCAGAGCGUGUGCAGCGACGAGGGCUAUUCCAGCGCCGGCGUCAGGAGGUUGAAGACGCAGAGCGACCACAAGCCUCGUCUGGGUCUCUAA